AGCCCACAUCACACAUAAAAAAUACAUUAAUGUACCGUAACAAAAAAUAGUAUACUUUUUUAAUCGUUCGAUCCCACUUCGUGUACCACAAGGGUAUUAACUCAUCCUUUCCCCCAGGACCGCUGAUCUACAGAAGAGAACUAUCAACCAGAGUUGCUAGAGAUUUCUGUAAUACUUGUGCAUUUUCAAGGCAAACCCUCCCUCUCCAGGAUGUUGCAAAACACACAGACGUCUGUCUGUCUUCAUAUGUCUACAUGCAGACGUUUGAUUUUUUCUUUGUCUGUCUGCUGCUGUGUAUUUAGAAGAAAAAUUGUUUUGACUAUGUUUGAUUAAAGUAUUCCAUUAGAGAUUCAGAGCACCAUUAUGUUGCUAUGGUUACUGUUAUUGCUAGAAGUGAUAAAAUGAGCACCACUAGCUAACCAAUACAAAAGCAACAGACAUGUUCAGACAACAGACACACAUUUACAAAAUUCCUUGAUAUAUUUUAUUUCACAAAAAUACACAAGUCCACUGUAAUACUUUGUCAUUUUUGUUUUACUUCCCACAACUAUUGCAGCACUAUUGCAAACACACUCAUUGCAACAAGACAUUCCCUACAACUAACUAUGUUUUGAUCAACUGAUAUCAAAAAAGUAACGUACCUUUUAAUACCUGAAAACAAUUAAGGUGAGGGUGGAAAACAAUUUUUACAUUAAAAAUGAAUAACUCUAAAGAGGAUGGAUCUCAACAAGAAGGCUCUAUUGAAAAAUUUGGAUUGUUUAAAUCAGUUGAAAAUCCCAAUUUCGAAUCUAUUCCACCUUUUAUCCGAAGUAAAAUCGAAAUGACGGUUCAAAAAGCCAUCCAGCAAAAAAAGAUAUUUUCUUUGGGAAAAGCUACCUACUACCGCACUAUAAAGGAUACAUUCUUAAGAAGAGGAUGGAUUCAAAAAACUGGAUAUGAGGAAGCCUUAUGGUCAAAAAAGAACAAGAGACCUGAGGAUUUAGAAGAACUCUACUGUCAAAGUCUGCUCCGCGCAGCCCCUGUGACAAUCUUGUGGACCAGAUACAUUUCUGAUUGGAAUACUAUUGAUCCAAAAACGAUUGUCAACAGAUUCCCCAUAUUGAAGGGAAAAGAACAUUUCUGUUCAAAGAUUGGAUUGAAUAAUAACCUGCAGGAUGCUUACUGGUUUCAUGAAGAUGGUGUAUCUGCAGUCAAAUUCCCUCGAACAUACAACUUACAAAAUCCAGCUGAAUUGAAAAGUUUCAUUGAUGAUUAUGUGAUUACUGCAUGCAUUAGUCUUCUUAAAAUCAUAAUAAGAGAUAAGAUUGAGCCUACGGAAUCGUACAAUCUUUUCCAAAUAGGAGGGAAGAUACCUUUGGACGUUAUCUACUACGCUAUAAAGAAAUGUGACGAGUAUAUAACUUUUCGAGAGCAUGGAGAUCUAGAUGAAGAUCCGACAAGCAGAGCAGUCAGCCCUUCUACUGAUGAUUUAUUGAAGUUGUACGACUAUUAUUUGAGCAACUACAGUAGAAUAGUCGAACAAAAAGACUCAUUCACGAUAUCUACUGCUCAAGAAAUGAAAUUUCAGGAUUUGUACAAUGCAUGUCGGUUGAUUCUUCAAUCACUACCGAAAUUCAUUCCCCAAGUAGAUUCGGAUGGCUACCGGAAUUUAUGGCUUGUCAAAGAUUCUGAUUCGAGUUGUGGAAAAGGAGUGUGGGUUCUGAGAAAAUUAUCCGACGUAUUGGGCAGAGGAAAAACGUCUGUCAAGGGAAAGACUUCGCGGUACAUUGUUCAAAAGUACAUUGAAAGGCCUCUGCUUAUUUAUAAUACCAAAUUUGAUAUACGUCAGUGGUUUCUUGUAACAAGAAUCAACCCAUUACAAAUUUGGAUGUACAGGAAAAGUUAUCUGAGAUUCAGCUCCCAACCGUUUUCUCUGGAUGACACUCACGAGGCAGUUCACUUAUGUAAUAAUAGCAUUCAGAGAAAGUAUCCUGUACAUCCAGAGAGGCAUCCAGCGCUUCCAAGAAACAACAUGUGGGAUUCCACAACAUUUCGAAGAUAUCUCAAAUUUAUUGGACAAGAAGAAAAAUGGGCCAAAGUGAUCUACCCCAGCAUGAAAGCCAGCAUCAUAGCAGCCCUACAAGUGUCACAAGACGACAUAGUCGACAGGCCAAAUAGCUUUGAACUGUAUGGAGCAGAUUUCAUACUAACUGAGGAUUUUUCACCAUGGUUGAUAGAGAUCAAUUCUUCACCUGCUAUGCAUGCCUCAACAAGUGUUACUGGAAAACUUUGUUCGCAAUGCUAUAAAGAUGUUAUCAAAGUUGUAAUUGACUAUAACAAGAGUCAACAAGCUAACACUGGAGAUUUCGAGUUAAUUUACAAACAGAGUAUUUUUUACAAACAGUUGAGUCCUGAAUGGAAUUUUCCCAAUAUUUAUACGUAUGGUACACAGCUGAAACUUAUCAAGAAACAGAACCAAAUAGAACCAUUGCCUAUAAUGAACGCCUUAAAAAUGAAGAAAUGGAGAAAUCUUGAACUUGAUUCCACUGAUCUUGAGGACGUUCAAAAAAAAUUGCUGCGCCAGCAACGGAAAAAUUUCAUGAGAGCUGAGGAUAAAGCAUCAUUUAACAUACUUGCCGUUGAAAGUAAAAAUACAUCAACUGAAAAUAUCAAAUACGGAAAACAUACCUCAAACUUUAAUGGAAGACGUAUAAACAACGAACCAGAUGAAAAUCUUAAAAAGACGUUCUUACGUUCAUCGCAGAAAAUCAAAUACAUAACGCUACCAAAAAUUACAACGGUGAAUAGAACUUACUUUCAAGUAAUGGAGAGGAAUAAUACAAUAAACAUUCUAGAGCAACAACUUGAACCUGAAAACAAAGAUCCUCUGUUGAGAAUGCCUAGUGGUACAAAUUUGGCAGGAUUGAGAAUGGAUUUCAUUGAAAUGACGGUUGAAGAUUUCAACAAGGAUAAUAAUCCACCUAUGCAAGAUUUUAAACCACAUGAAAGAAAAUCAAGACGAGUAUACGAUAAUCAAGCAUUGCUUUUAAUUGAUGAUUAUGAGAAACCUCUAAAUAGUUUGGGAAUUAAUCGUCAAAACGCACAAAAUCGAACCAAUUUCCUUCCGGAAGGAUCGCAAGUCGAAAAUAGUUCUCUAAUUGAUGCAAAUGAUACAAGAAGAUUUUGUAAAGAGGAUACAGAAAUUUAUCUUUCUCAGGAUAAUUCCAAAACUUCCACUUCUAAAGAAAGUGGAGGAAAUGUAGAUUCAAAUAUAAACUUAUAUCACUUGCAAAUAAACUCAUUUGAUAAAAGAUUCAAUGACAGAAUAGAAUCUAUAGAAACUGAUAAAAUGUGCAUCACAAAUAAUUACCAUUCACACUGUGAAGAGACCUAUACAAAUUUAUUGGAUGAUAUUUAUGGAAGUACCCAUUAUGAGGCUUUGGAAGACCAACAAUCAGAUAGUUUGAUUAGGGAUCGCCUUUUCUAUAGAACUCUCCAUCAUAAUGAACAGCAAUUAAUAUCAAAUGGAAUUGAUAGAAAGUGCUUAUUGAACAUCUAUCUAACUAUGAAAAAAGAUAACGACAAUUUAUAUGAGACAAGCAAUGAUAGAUCUUUUGUGGAAAUUGAAUCUGCAAAUAAUGUUUUGAACUAUAUAUUUUACAUACAUCCUUCAAAUAGGCUGGACAAUGAAAUUAAUGAUAACCCUCCCAUUAUGAGAGAAGAUAGUUCAUCAUUUAUUCAAGAACCAGAUGAAAAUUGUACUAUCAACGCAAGUUUACAAAUUGAAGGAAGCAUGAACUAUAAUGAAAGGAUUGACAAGUUGCUGGAAUACGAUGUUUCAACUAUACUUGAAGAAAAAAAUGAUCAACGGACCCUGCAACCCCAAGAAUGUUCAAUUCAGAGGCAUUCUAAUACAAAUCUGUGCAAUUUUGAAACAAUCGAAUUUGAAAAUCAAGGUCCAACAGAUAAAAGUGCAGUGAAAAAUUCGAAAGAAAACAUUUGUACUGGAAAAGGAAGCAACAAAAUUUUACCUUAUAAAAGGACUGCGCUUCAGAACAACUAUAGCAGAUUAUUCUCAGCAUGCUUACUUAUAUUUAUUUCAGCAGUACUAUUUCUAGGUUAUAUUCUACUAUUUCACGAUAAUUUGAGUUCACUUGAUUGGAUUUAUAGUUAUUUGGAAACAUUCAAAUCAAUCACUGAUUAAAAACUCUAAAGAAAGUAAUACUGAUUUUUACUUUCCUUGC